AUGGAUCAACGAGAGCUCGACGCGCGCGUCAAGCAGCUGCAUAAGGCUGCCCAGAAUAACGAGCCUGCUGCCAAUCUUAUCUCGAUUAUCGAGUCGCUCAGAGGUGCUGCGCCUACCGAAGAAAUGUUGCGUACCACUAAAGCAGGUAUCGUCAUCGGUAAACUUCGAGGAAACCCGAACAAGGAUGUCGCCAAGGUAGCCGGGGAGGUCGUCAUGGUAUGGAAGCGAGGCAUAGAAGCCGAGAAGAAAGCCAAGGCCCUAUCAUCCGCCAAACCCAUCAAGGGUUCCGCGUCACCUGCCUCCAAGGCUGCAUCACCCGCACCGAAGCCGCUCGUCGGAAAUAAGAAGUCCUACGAGGGCGACCCGGAGAAGCGAACCUUCAAGUCGGAUAAGGUGGACAUCAGUCGCACUGGUUCCCAGACCCGUGACAAUUGUAUCGGUCUUAUCUAUAACGGCUUGGCUUACCGCUCGCGCGAGUCUGAAGAUAAUGUCAUCCUGCGCGCCGUCGAGGUCGAGCAUGCUGCUUUCAAGGCGUACAAGGGAGAAACCAAGGAGUACAAGGACAAGAUCCGUUCAUUGUUCCAGAAUCUCAAGGUCAAGACCAACGCCGAACUUGGCCGAAAUGUCAUGUCUGGCACCAUCACCGCAGACCGCUUCGUCGUGAUGAGCUCCAAGGAUCUUAUGUCUGCUCAGCAACGAAAGAAUGAAGCCGAACUCGAGAUGGAGAACAUGAAGAAGGCGCAGGUUCCCAUGGCUGAGAAGUCCAUUUCUGAUUCUCUUGAGUGUAGCAACUGCAAGAAGAAGAUGGUCUCCUACACCCAGGCUCAGACGCGAAGUGCGGAUGAACCGAUGACGACGUUCUGCGAGUGCAUGAACUGUGGAAAGCGUUGGAAGUUCUCGUAA